AUGGCUUGCGACGCCGUGGCGUCGUGCUCACGUCAGCUGUGCCGGAUGACGCCCGACGCGCUCGUCCCUGCGGUGCCGUUUCUCGAGACGCUCUGCGUGCGAUGGUUGCUGCACGACGCGUGGCAGCUCGCCAUUGGUCAGCAGCGGCUCCAGCUCGGCGGUCGCGUCGAAUCGGAGGAGAAUGCGAGCAGCACGCACGCGGGCAGCUAUUCAUGCGAGGCGGAGCCCGUCCGCGCAGUCAUUGCGCGCAUCAAGGAGCACAUUGCAGCAGCCCAGCGCCGACAGCAGCAGCAGCAGAUGGAUGGGUACUGGGUGGAGGGUAAACAAGAGGAGCGCGAGGAGCGGAACGGUUUGUCGGACGCGCGGUUCUUCCUCGUGGGUGCGGGUGGCGAGGCGGAGAGCGGCGAGUGGCAGCACGUGGUAGCAGCAGCAGUGGCUGGUGAGGUGGGCGCUGCUGUGAUAGAGGUCGGUCGAUGCCCCCCUGCUCUACUCGCUCUCCAAUCUGCUGCUCCACGCUCCUGCUGA